UGAAUCCUAUAAAUGACAGUCCUUCAUUCACUCCAAAGAGCACUCAGUUUCAGAUAUAACAUCAGAAUUCACGAGAUUUAAUAUGGCAGAUCAUCUGUUCAACGAGCAGGCAGCUAUAUAUUCGGAGGCAAGGCCCAGAUAUCCGAGCGAAUGGUUCUCAAUGUUGGCUGCUCUCACCCCACAGCACUCUGUGGCUUGGGAUGUUGGCACCGGCAAUGGUCAAGCGGCUAUUGGUGUAGCUGAGCAAUACAAGAAAGUGAUAGCAACAGACAUCAGUGACGAACAACUAAAGCAUGCCAUACCACAUCCCCAAGUUCAAUACGUGCACACCCCGUUAGCAAUGCCUGAUGAUGAACUAGUGAGCUUGAUUGGUGGUGAAGAUUCAGUCGAUCUGAUUACUGCGUCUACUGCUGUGCAGUGGUUUGAUCUUGACAGGUUCUACCCGAUCGUGAAGCGAGUUCUACGAAAGCCAGGAGGUAUAAUUGCGGUCUGGUGCUAUGGUAGCAUGGAGUUUAGCCCAGAAAUUGAUGGUAUCUUAAGGAGGUUUUUCGAGCUAGGUAUACCUUUCCAAAGCCAAAGUUUCAAGAUUGCAUUACAGUGUUACAAGACGCUUCCAUUUCCUUUCGAAAGUGUAGGUGUUGGGUGCGAGGGGCAGCCGCUGGAAUUGGACAUGCGAAAGGAGAUGUCGUUUCAGGGACUCUUGAAGUUCCUCAGGUCACUUCCGGUGGUCCAUAUAGCUAAGGAACAAGGUGUGGAUUUAUUGCCUGAAGAGCUUCUCAAGGAAUUUGAGAGGGCUUGGGGCGAGCCAGAAAUGGUCAGGACUGCUAUCUAUAAGACAUACAUGCUUGCAGGAAAAGUCAAGCUCUAGAUGAAAACGCUUGAUGCAGCUGUGCUUCUUCUCCCUUCAGAGGUUUGAGCUCCAUUGUACUUCAAUUAAUGCUUGUUUAGCAUUCAAGAAUAAAUUAACAACGCCUGUAUUUGUACCUCGCCAAUUUCACCGGAGUACUUGAAUGCUCCUAUGAUUAUUAUAUACAAAAAUCGUUAAUAUCA